UCUGCAUGUAAUGUAACGUAUGUGAUAGUACUUAUUUUAUCUAUGGAUAUGGUCUCAUAUGCGCAAAUACUACUUUCUCUUAAAGACUACAAAAUUUGUUGCGUGACUUAGCAGAAAGAGGAUUUCUGAAAUUCGAUUAUACGGGUGUUCUUUAUGAAACGUAGGGCAUGUCCGCCCCUGGGCCUUUUCAAUUUUAUCGGUGUUAAAUGUCCCGAUACAGGCGAAGGAGGAGGCCAUUAAUCCAAUAAACAAAUAAACAAGAAGAAGAAGUACUAUAUCCUAACCUAACAAUCCUAACAUAAACAACAGAAGAAAAAUAUAAAUAUUCUGUUUGAACAUAAUAUAAUUUGUAUAUAAAUACCUAAUGUAAAAUAAUGGCACAAUCUUUAACCACUGUCGUGCGCACAGUGCCACAACAAGAUUUAAUGAAUGAACUAUUUUUUUUCUUAAAAGGUGCAGCAAAAAGAGAGCCUUGUAAUCCUAAUCCUGUAGAUCUUACAAGAUCUGCAUUGACUCUCUUAAAGUGUCUUCCUCCAACGAAAACAGCCGUGUUUGAAUAUUUCUGUGGAGUUUUCGAUAAUGCAGUAAAAUCUUAUAUUCAAGGAAUAGAGACUGAAAUUAAUACAGGAAAACUACCGCCUCCUUUAGAAACUGAUGAAUUGAUUGUAUCAGAAAUCCACACAGUGUUAUCAACAUUAAUUGCUGAUAAUCCAGUUGCUUGGGCACCAACUAUAAGUACUUGGUCUCUAGAAUUAUUGGGUGAGAUUUCUACAAAAUAUUCAGGACGAGCUCAUUUUUCAACAAAUUUAAAUGAAACUUUGCAACUAUGGAUGGCUUGUAGAGCAACAAGAACUCUGGUAGAUAUUAACACUAAAUGUUUAUCUAGCCUUAUUUAUUCUGAUACUGAGGCAUGCAUUAGUGCACUCUUGGAUACUUCUGUAAAACAUUCGCCUCAUUUUGAUUGGGUGGUUGCUCAUGUUGGAAGUUGUUUUCCAAACACUGUUAUAACAAGAGUUUUGUCAUGUGGAUUGAAAGAUUUUAGUCAAAAUAAAUCCUAUGAACAAUAUUGCAAUUCGCCAAAACUCAAAUCUGUCGUUGGGAUAUUAGGACACUUAGCUGGAAGUCAUUCUGAAAAUAUCAGAAAGGCUCUACUGGAUAUGUUUAUAUGGAGUCUUCGGGAUGUUUUAGAGGAUUCAGAUAUUCAAAGAUUACAGAAAAAAGCCACUGUACCUUUUAUAUUACAGCUUAUAUUUUUAUCCUCAAAACUGUUGUCAACGGUUUGUAUGGACAUUAAGAACUUCUUAACGGUAGACGCUGUUAGCAGAUUAUAUUAUAAUGUGGAUGAUUGGUGUAAAUAUUUUGGAACACCAGAGGCCUUAGAGGAAAAAGUAACAACUUUAAUACUACGUUGUGAUAGUGGAGGUAUUGAAAUUAUACGAAUAAUACAUUAUUGUAUUUUAACAAAUCAAAUUAGAGGAAGUGAUGAAAUGAAAGUCAACAUAAUGGAAAAGUCCAAAGAACUACUUACGAAUGUUUUACAAGAAAUGGAAGAAUCUAUAAGACAUGGCAGUGCUGUGAAUCUGAUAAAUUCGUUCUCAAGAGAACUUACAGAAUUAUUAAAAAUGCUUUUAAGUCCGGAAAAAGUUAUAUAUGAAACCGCUGGCCAGAUUGUCUUAUUUCUUGGUCAUAUCAAUCCGUCAACUUUGGUGACAGUAAUACAGAAUUUAUUAAAAACGGCCACAAAUGACAACCAGUUGCUAGUGCUGUUGAGACUUUUAACCAGUGAUCUCGUUGAUAAAACAGUGUUUUCAGAAAAAGGUGGACAUCUCUCGCUGGCUCUUGAGCAAAUUUUAAACAGAAAUAUACAGAAGUUUUGUACCACCAAUGAAGAAAAUUUAGAUUUAUCACAAAUGUGGACCAAUUUAUUAAAAUUAUUGCGAUGGGAAAAAAGUGGAAGGGUGGCUCUUCUGAGUUCUAGAAUCAUUACAAGAUCCUUAGAAGCAAAUCUUACGAAUUUAACUUCUUUGCUAGGCAAUGAAGUAUUGCAUAUGCAUGUCAUUGCUGAUAUUUUGGAUACCAUGGAAAUACCAUAUAAUCCACCAGUUCUCGUUAUAUUAAAUUUAACACAUUCUACAGUUAAUUACUUUUUCGCAUGUUGUAAAGAUGAAGGUACUGCAAUGAAAUUAAAGGGUUACAUGAAAGUAAACAGAAUUCUCAAGCGAUUAUGUACAUAUUCUAAAUUCGCAAGAGUACUGGCUCUGAGAGAAUUUUUAGAAAGAGCAUUAUUUCAAAGCGAUAAUGUUCUAUUCGGUGCCAAGAGCAAUGAUAUGGAUAAUGACAAUGAAAAGAUGCUUUUGAAACAAAAUAAAAAGAUUAAUAAAAACAUUCCACUCACUAAACACUCGUCCGUUUUUAAUGGUGGAAUUAUAGGAUCAGGAAAAAGGAAGUCCGUUACUUAUGAUGCCCUACCUUUACAUAUGAUCGCUGAUAAUACUUCGCAUCUUAUAAAUGCUAUUAAAGCGUGUUGCGCUCUUCCAGAAGAAAAUAAAUAUAAUGAUAUGUCCUUGGAUAGCAUGACGCUAUUGUCAUUGUUCUUAGUGCAGUUUGUUAGUCCCGAUGUUAUGUAUAAUGGUUUACCUUGGCCCGAGGAAGAAUUUUCAAAGGUUACAAUGGAAAGAGAUCUUUUUAUUAGAAGGAUGUUUACAAAUAUGCCUUUGCUCUGGGAAUUACUGAAUUUUGUUGCUGUAUACCGUCCUGCUAUUUGCUACUGUUCAGUUUUAAUUAGAGCCCUAACCGCAACAUUAAUACAUCAAUGGAAAAGUAUGGGAGAGCAAAGUAAAAAUGACGAUUCACAAAAUUACAAACAUCUAAUGGAUACGACAAUUAAAGUCAUCGAUAUAAUGGCCUUAGGACAGCUAUUGCCGCCUCCAUUAUCGAGUAUUGGAGAUGUUUUACCUGUUUUAAAAUGUUUUGAAAUCGUUGCUAUCUUGAGAGAGUGCGUGUGGUGUUAUAUGAGAGAUCACAUACCGUCACCGGCUCUAUUCGGUUGUGAUACAAAUGGAAUUCAUUGGAGGGAUCCAAUCAUAGCAAGACCUCCAGAAAUAUAUACAAAUACUUUAAGAAUAAUAAUGCAGAGAAAUAUAAAAUCUCUUGGUCAUAUGUAUGC